GUGGUGGUGUUGGUGGUGGCCCUAUCUGGGCAUGCUCAGAAGCCAGGGCUGGCUUGGGUCUCAAGUCGGGAAGCUUGGGCAUUCGGGUGGUAGCGGUUUGGGGGGGACUUUGGGGAAAGUUGAUCGGAGAAGGGAAGGAGCCCCCCGAGCCCGAGACUUGAGACGCGCAGCCCAGCCAGCUGCAGCGGCAGCCACGCCAGGAGAAGGGAGCACUCCCCAGGCUCAGCCCGGAGGAGCAUGGGCACCCUGCGGGAUUUGCAAUACGCGCUCCAGGAGAAGAUCGAGGAGCUGAGGCAGAGGGAUGCGCUCAUCGACGAGCUGGAGCUGGAGUUGGAUCAGAAAGACGAACUGAUCCAGAAGCUCCAGAACGAACUGGAUAAGUACCGCUCGGUGAUCCGACCCGCGACCCAACAGGCGCAGAAGCAGAGCGCAGGCACCUUGCAGGGGGGCGAGCCUCGAACCAAGCGCCAGGCGAUCUCUGCCGAGCCCACCGCCUUCGACCUCCAGGAUCUCAGCCACGUCACCCUGCCCUUCUACCCCAAGAGCCCACAAUCCAAGGAUCUGAUAAAGGAGGCCAUCCUUGAUAAUGACUUCAUGAAGAACUUGGAGCUGUCGCAAAUACAGGAGAUUGUGGAUUGUAUGUACCCAGUGGAGUAUGGCAAAGACAGCUGCAUCAUCAAAGAAGGAGAUGUGGGGUCACUGGUGUAUGUCAUGGAAGAUGGUAAGGUUGAAGUGACAAAGGAAGGUGUGAAGCUGUGUACCAUGGGUCCUGGCAAAGUAUUCGGAGAGUUGGCUAUCCUUUACAACUGUACGCGGACAGCGACGGUGAAGACUCUGGUAAACGUGAAACUCUGGGCUAUCGAUCGACAAUGCUUUCAAACAAUAAUGAUGAGGACAGGACUCAUCAAGCAUACCGAGUAUAUGGAAUUUUUGAAAAGUGUUCCGACAUUCCAGAGCCUUCCUGAAGAGAUCCUCAGUAAACUUGCUGACGUCCUUGAAGAGACCCACUAUGAAAACGGGGAGUAUAUCAUCAGGCAAGGCGCAAGAGGAGACACCUUUUUUAUCAUCAGCAAAGGAAAGGUGAAUGUCACUCGUGAAGACUCCCCCAGUGAAGAUCCAGUCUUCCUUAGAACUUUAGGAAAAGGAGAUUGGUUUGGAGAGAAAGCCUUGCAGGGGGAAGAUGUGAGGACAGCAAAUGUAAUUGCUGCGGAAGCUGUAACCUGCUUAGUGAUCGAUCGAGACUCAUUCAAGCAUUUGAUUGGAGGUUUGGAUGAUGUUUCUAAUAAGGCAUAUGAAGAUGCAGAAGCUAAAGCAAAAUAUGAAGCUGAAGCUGCUUUCUUCGCCAACUUGAAGCUCUCUGAUUUCAACAUCAUUGACACGCUUGGAGUUGGAGGUUUCGGCCGAGUAGAGCUGGUCCAGUUGAAAAGUGAGGAAUCUAAAACCUUUGCAAUGAAGAUUCUCAAGAAACGCCACAUCGUGGAUACGAGACAGCAGGAGCACAUCCGCUCAGAGAAGCAAAUCAUGCAAGGAGCUCACUCAGAUUUCAUAGUGAGACUGUACAGAACGUUUAAAGACAGCAAAUAUUUGUACAUGUUGAUGGAAGCUUGUCUAGGUGGAGAGCUCUGGACCAUUCUCAGGGAUAGAGGUUCUUUUGAAGAUUCUACAACCAGAUUUUACACGGCUUGUGUGGUGGAAGCUUUUGCCUAUCUGCAUUCCAAAGGAAUCAUUUACAGGGACCUCAAACCAGAAAAUCUCAUCCUAGAUCACCGAGGUUAUGCAAAACUGGUGGAUUUUGGAUUUGCAAAGAAGAUAGGAUUUGGAAAGAAAACAUGGACUUUUUGUGGGACUCCAGAAUAUGUAGCCCCAGAGAUCAUCCUCAACAAAGGUCAUGACAUUUCAGCAGAUUAUUGGUCUUUGGGAAUAUUGAUGUAUGAACUUCUGACUGGCAGUCCACCUUUCUCAGGCCCAGAUCCUAUGAAAACCUAUAACAUUAUAUUAAGAGGGAUCGACAUGAUAGAAUUUCCAAAGAAGAUCGCAAAAAACGCUGCUAAUUUAAUUAAAAAACUAUGCAGGGACAACCCAUCCGAAAGAUUAGGCAAUUUGAAAAAUGGAGUAAAGGAUAUUCAAAAGCACAAGUGGUUCGAAGGCUUUAACUGGGAAGGCUUAAGAAAAGGUACCUUGACGCCUCCUAUCAUACCAAGUGUUGCAUCACCCACAGACACAAGCAAUUUUGACAGUUUCCCUGAGGACAACGAGGAGCCACCCCCUGAUGACAAUUCAGGAUGGGACAUAGACUUUUAAUGUAUUUCUCUUACCUGCUUCUGCCUUGCUGAAGACAGCUUUUUUUUUCCGGAGACACAGCUGCCAGCAAACCUGAGGGAAAGAGAGAAGCUUUAGUGCUCGGGGUCACCAUGAUGCCUUUGAUCGAUGCUGCUUCAGUAACUACAGUGGCAUUAGGACUUAUUGCUUUGAUGACAAUGUUGCUUUUUACAUGUUUUCUGUUUGAACCU